GCAUUUCUCACAUUGGACCAGGGUCGGCCCUUCACUUCCUGACACACUUCCGUAGCUGGAAAAUAGUCCAAAGUAGGAAAGAAAGUUACCGGCACUUGAUAAGUUCAAAGUCAAAAAAGAAACUCAUCCAAUGUGUGUGUGUGUAUUAGAUCAGUCUAGAUAUUUUCAAUAUUUUUGAUUGUUCAUUGUGGAUUGUUUACUAUUCAAAAUAUAUUCAGCUCAUCAUCAUUAUUGUCUCUCAUCGUUGCAAUAUCAAAUCACAGACCCCCUCCCUUCCCCCGCCAUUGUGCGAUCAACCAGCCAUUGGAUAUUGGUUGGCAUAUACCUUUGCACUGCGAGCGAUCAAUACAGACAAACCCCUCUCUGAUUGUCACAAUGGGCUUCCAUCUCCCAUCGAUACCAUAUCCUCCCGCGCGACCAGAAGAAGGUUAUUGGGCUCCUGUAACCUCGACCAUAAAUUGGUGUGAAGAGGAUUAUUAUGCUACUAUAUACUCUGCCGAAAUCGUCAAUACUCUUACCAACCUACUUUUCAUAUGGCUUUGCAUCAAAGGCAGUCGGAACUGUUUGAAGUAUGAUCAUGAUAGUGUAUUCUUGGUGGCCUUUCUAGGUUAUGGGGCGGUAGGAACAGGUUCAUUCUUGUUCCAUUCAACCUUGAAGUAUCCCAUGCAACUUGUAGACGAACUUUCUAUGAUUUAUACCACAUGUUUGAUGUGCUAUGCAACUUUCUCCUUCUCUCAAUCCCGCAUCUUCAGACAAGUAUUAGCAUUCAGCUUGAUAUUCUUGUCUGUAUUCAUAACGCUUUAUUACCAUUACCUUCAAGACCCAGACUUCCAUCAGAAUGCAUUUGCGCUUCUCACAGCUACCGUACUAUUCCGUUCCAUGUAUGUGAUGGAAGUUAACAUACGUCCUUCGCUUCGAAAGAAAUAUGCUACCACAGAACUUUCUCACGAGCAUCCUAAUACUUCUCAUUCCGAUCGCUUGGCAAAUGAAAAGAGACAGUAUGAAAUCCUUAAAGAGAUGUGGUUGAUGGUCGGCUUAGGUCUUUCCAUAUUUCUCGGCGGUUUUGGUAUAUGGUCUUUGGAUAACCAUUAUUGCUCGACGGUCAGACAAUGGAGACAUGAAAUUGGACUUCCGUGGGGAUUGUUACUCGAAGGACAUGGUUGGUGGCAUUUGAUGACGGGUAUUGGAUCAUACUUCUACUUGGUCUGGGGUAUUUGGCUACGACAUUGUUUGAAUGACAAGCAAGAUGAAUACGUUUUGAAUUGGCCACAUUACUUCAGUCUCCCGGAAGUCAUCACACGCCCUGAGAGCAGCAAGAUUUCGAGUGGGAAUGGAAUCAGGAACGGACACACAAAAGAUGAGUCUAGAAAAUCGGUUUGAACAGAAAUUGUUGGUGGUGGUCGGUGAUGUAUCCGGGCCAGGAAUCCUGUCUGCAACUCUCUGGCAAUGUGAGAAUAGAGUGGAAUCGAGUAUGAGUAGAUGGCUGUCUCCUUAACGGUGUAGCGAGAAUAUUGAAUAUUGAUACCCUUUCUCAUAGAAUAUGAAUUAUUGUCAGCCUCAAAGUUUUGCUGUUGAUUAAUCAAAUUGUAUUAUUUAUCGUUA